AUAGUCUUUCUCGAUUGCACUUAGCUUGUUUACUAAGCAAGUGUGUUAUUAAUUAAAUAAUUUAUUUUGGAGUUUUCAACGUUUUGUUAUCUGCUGUUUAAAGAUUUUGCGUUUUAAUAUGAACGCAAAUAUUGCAAAAUUAUAAUCACGUAUUUAAAAUUUACGGUCUUUUUCAAAGACUCAAUGAACACUGUUUAUUUUUUAACACGACUAUAGCGUUAUCAAUGUGUCUACUACUGUUCUGCUUUUAUAUAAUUUAAUUUUAAUGUAAUUAGGUUGUAAGUCAUCUUUAUAACAUUUUAGUAAUUAUCAUUUUCAUUUCAUUGGCGAGUUAAUCGGUGUCUUAUCUUUCGCGUAAAUAAAAAUAUUUACACACCCAACAUUUCUUGUUAAAAGCUAUUUUGAGAGUCGAGGAAAGGAUCGUUUAAACUGCGCGGUAAUCACCUCCGAGAGUACAAUAAAUUGCAAUUUGGUGGCCGUCAAGUGAUAAAAGGAAACUCAACAUUUGUUUAUUAAUUUUAACAUAUUUGCAAAUAAGAAAAGUCUUGGUAUUAUACACUGGGGGAACAAUCGGAAUGGUUAAAAAUGAUGAUGGUGUUUACAUUCCAGCAUCGAAUAGAUUUAUCCAGAAAAUUAAAUCAUAUCCAGAACUUCAUAAUGAACAAGUUUUAUCGAAGUAUAUUGAAGGAAUACCUGAAGAAGAUUAUCUUAUUAUGCCACAAAUCCAUAACAGAAACACUAUUUUAUACACCAUAAAGGAAUAUAAUCCAUUAUUAGAUUCUAGCAAUAUGUCUGUAGAUGAUUGGGUAAGAAUUGUCAAAGAUAUCGAGAGUUUUUAUGAUUAUUAUGAUGGAUUUGUUAUAUUACAUGGUACUGAUACUUUAGCUUACACCGCAUCAGCUUUAUCUUUUAUGUUAGAAGAUUUACAAAAAGCUGUUAUUGUAACUGGAUCUCAGAUACCAAUUUUUGAAGUAAGAAGCGACGCGAAAGAUAACUUCUUGUCUUCAUUGAUUUUCGCAGGAUGUUACAAAAUCCCGGAAGUUUGCGUUUGUUUUGCAAAUCAGCUUUUACGAGGAAAUCGUACGGUUAAAUUUAGUUCCUGCAACUUAGAAGCGUUUAAUUCACCCAAUUACGGUCCUCUUGGUAUUGUUGGAAUUAAUUUUGAAGUGUAUCCUAACAAUAUUGCGAAAAUUAAUAAUACAAAAACUUUGAAAGUAUAUACAGAAAUGAGUAAAAACGUUGCGAUGAUUCAAUUAUUUCCUACAAUUUCUGCAGAUAUGUUAAUAGCUUUUUUGAAACCACCAACUAUGGGUGUAAUUAUUGAAAGUUACGGAAUAGGAAACAUACCAUCGAAAAGGGCCGAUUUACUAGACGUAUUGGUUCAAGCAAUAAAACGUGAUGUUAUCGUUGUUAAUAUUACUCAAUGCUGCCAAGGAACUGUAGAUUCGACGUACGAAACUGGAAAAAUUCUUGAACAAUUAGGAAUUAUACCCGGACACGAUAUGACUGUGGAAGCGGCUUUAUCUAAAUUGUCAUACGUUUUAGGUUUAUCACUUUCGUUAACUGCGAAAAAACAACUUAUGAAAACAAAUUUACGAGGAGAAUUAACACAACAUUAAGUAAAUAAAAUACUGAGUGUUUCAAAACUACUGUGCCAAAUAAAACAUUUUAUUUUCGCUUCUGACAUUUUUAACGAUUUCAAUUUCUAUAUAAACAUAUGAGACAACAUAGAUAAUUUUUGAUUUGACUUGUGUUUUUCUAAUUUGACUGCUUUUAACACAUUCAUAUUUAGAGAUUUAAAGGUCAUUAAAAAUUAUGAUUUUAAAACAUGAUGCGAUUUAAUGUUGUAGUUGGUGCAAUAUUUUGGAAACGUCCGACAUAGUAAUGAUAUUCAGUUUUUAGUAUUUUAAUUUAAUAAGUCAAACAAUAUACCUAACGUUGUAAAUAUGAAAUGAUAGAUAAUAAUAUUAAAAAUAACGAGAAAUAAAAUGAGUAUCACUAUAAAAUAGUUAUAUUUUUAAAGAUAUUUUUAAGUAUAAAUGCAGAUAAAUUAAUGAACGAACAAUUCUUUAUAAUUGAAUAAUAGUUGGCCAAUUCAAUUGAAAAAACAAUGUUUCCAGAUUUUCUCUAAGAAAAUUUAACAUGUUCUUUUCAAUUCUUAUUAAUAGUUAUUAAUACUUCCUUUAAUGUAAUUUAUUACAGAUAAUAAAGACUCUUUUUACUCAUAAAAUUGUAAAAUUUUUCAAUUUUCCGAUUUUACAUACAAAACGGAAUUUCCAAACAUAAAAAAUAUAUGUAUAACUUAUUGUUAGACUAGAUUUAGACGAAGAAUGCAACAAGGAAAAAGUAGAGUUGAAUUAACAAGAGUGAAACAGUAACAUAGUAUAUUAUUGCUAAAUUGAUCGCUGAGUAUACAAAGAAUGAUUUUUUCAUAGUUAUUUUAAGAAAUAUACAUGUCGAUAGCGAUAAUAAAUGCUACCUUAUUCAGGGA